AUGGCCCCCUCCAAUGCCUCUGCGCGCCGCGCUGCGUCCUCGCCGGCCGCCAAUAUCUUCCUCUUCCUCCUCGCCUUCCGCAUCCUCAACGCCUUCACCGUCCGGACGUUCUUCCAGCCCGACGAAUUCUUCCAAUCGCUCGAGCCAGCAUGGCAGAUCGCUUUCGGCAAGGAUCAGGGCGCCUGGGUGACGUGGGAAUGGCGUCACCAACUCCGAUCUUCGAUCCACCCUCUCCUCUUUGCCGCCGUCUAUAAAACGGCCGACCUCCUCGCGACCACCCUCCAACUGCCUUCUGCGACGCGCGCGGAGCUUCUCAUCGCCGGUCCCAAAACAGCGCAGGCCGUUGUGUCGGCAAUCGGCGAUUUCUACACUUGGAAGCUAGCAACGCGGAUCUAUGGGAAGGACUCGCGCGGGGCAUGGACCACGCGACGGUGGGAGGAUCUUGCGCGGAGAGAACACCGGGCUGACAAGGGACAGUUGCUGGUGACAAUUCUGAAUCCAUGGCAGUGGUUCUGCUCGACAAGGACCCUGUCCAAUUGCCUGGAGACCACGGUCACGAUUGUCGCGUUGGACCUCUGGCCCUGGCAGUGGGCAGCAGGGUCCUUGUCCGACGGUAGCCGCAAGGAUGGAAGGGGCACGGUCGAGGAUCGAGCGCUUCUGUCGAGCAUUCGCAAGUGCCUGCUACUGGCUGCCCUCGCCUGUAUUCUGCGGCCGACCAACAUCUUGAUCUGGGCAACGCUAGCUAGUUUCGCUUUGCUUCGGACUUCGUGGGGUAAUCGGAUGAUCCUCGUGCGCGAGGUCUUGAUUUGCGGAUCCGCUGUGCUCGCAGUGUCAGCCGUCGCAGACCGUCUCUUUUACGGAUUCUGGACGUUCCCGCCGCUGAGGUUUCUCUAUUUCAAUAUCGCGCAGUCGCUCGCGGUAUUCUAUGGGCGUAAUGAUUGGCACUAUUACUUGUCGCAGGGUUUCCCCCUUCUGCUCACGACAGCAUUGCCGUUCGCUCUCUGGGGGCUUUACCAAACAUUGACCUUUCGGACAUUCUCCGUCUCCGACCGACUGCAAACAGAGACCCGAAUUCAACUAGCAGUCAUCUGCCUUGUGAUGCCUUUCGUCCUCUCGCUCAUCUCGCACAAGGAAGUGCGGUUCAUCUACCCACUGUUGCCGUCGCUUCACAUUCUCGCAGCUCCGCCACUGGUCCAGUACUUUUCUCCUGUGAUAUAUUACAGAUCAUCACAUGCGUACACUCCGCAAAGGCUGCUGCUUAUCUUUUUCAUCUUCGCAAAUGUCGUGAUUGCUUUUUACACGAGUGUCCUGCACGCCUCAGGGUCGCUCAACAUCCUCACCUACCUCCGUCGCCAACAUGAGGUUCACGCAAACGGACAGAAGGCCUCUGUAUUUUCCUCCGCUUCGACAGCGAACGGGAUAACCGCAGGCUUUUUGAUGCCCUGUCACAGUACGCCUUGGCGAUCGCAUCUGGUGUACCCAACAAUCGAUGCUUGGGCACUAUCCUGCGAGCCCCCAAUCGGCCUCACCGAGACUGAGAAAGCCGUGUACCGCGACGAAGCAGAUCAAUUCUACGAUGACCCGGCACAAUUCCUCCGCGACAACAUGGCCGGAGGACUGCGUCAUCUCCCCCGACGACCGAGCUACGUCUCUCCUCCCGAUCUCGCCCAUCCGGAGUCCCAACACCCAUGGCCAGACUACCUCAUCUUCUUCGAACAACUGGAACCAACCCUCCAAACCCUCCUCCGCGGAUCUUCCUACGGCGAAUGCUGGCGCACAUACAACACAGCCUGGCACGACGACUGGCGUCGACGAGGCGACAUCAUCGCCUGGUGCCUCGACACCACCGAACAAGACAACUGGCGCGAAACCCAACGUCGAAGCCGCAGCACCAACACCCGCGAAUUCCAUCUCGACCGCAUGAUCGACGCCAUCAAAAACGAAGCGAGUCGUGCGCAGCCCAAAAAAGGCUGGAAGGCGUUCUUACCCUCUGCUUCAUUUUCCUACCCCUGGUCUCCGUCCCAGCCUACCUUCGCAGCAAAAUUCGCCUCCUGGCGCCGCGCCGUGAAAGCGUACUUUGCGCCGCGGCCCUCGAGCUUCUGGACGCUGGGCCGUCCGGCGCCGAAUAUUCGGGAUUUGGUGCCGAGGUGGUCGUCGCUUCGCUCUUAUUUGCCCGAGCGGCCGGCGUGGCUGGGUGGUAAGUCUAGAAAGAAGAUUCUUGAACGGGAGUUGUGGUCUUGA